AUGUUUGCAGAGCCGUCAAUGCCAGAAAGGCGACCCUCGCCAGGCCUACAGCUCAACCUCUCCUCCAACAACCCCUUCCGCCGCGCUGCCUCUCCCGGUUUCCCCUCGCCCGCCAGUGCCAACCGCUCGAGCUCGGGCAGCAGACCAAUGUCGCGCAAUCCCUUUAUAUCUACCUUCGAGGCCGAGUUUAACAAGGAGGCAUCCAGAGACCUCGUUGACAUGUCGGCCACCAUGAAGGACUCUCCCAAGAAAUCAAACUUUGGCUUUGCCGCCGAAGAGCUCUUUUAA